AGUCAAUAUAAACAUAACAUCCCCUCCCACAGCAUGUCUCGAGCCAGCACCUCAUCUGCGCGACCUCUGUCUCUCACGGAGGAGCUGGAGAAACUUGAGCAGUCAAUUACCCUGACGCUUCAAGAAAUCGACCACAAUUUUAGUCGCGCGCACCGCAUCGUGACCUCAAGCAUCUUGCCUAUUGUUGAGCAGUAUGCCGAGCAUUCCAAGGCGGUGUGGGAAGGAUCAAAAUUCUGGAAACAAUUCUUCGAAGCCAGUGCCAAUGUCUCCUUGUCGGGGGUAGAGGAGCGAGACGAGGAGGAUGAGGCCUCGUACGCGCAGUCGCAUGAUGAAGCGAGUACCUAUGCCACAUCUACUACAUCGCACCCAGGAGAUGAGACUCUCGCGGCUGCUGACGGGGAGGGGCAUGAGUCCUAUAUUGACGAUUCUCUCUUGGACAAUCCCGAUAUCAGUGGCAGCACCCCUCGACCACCUCGGCCAAAGAGCUGGACGGAAGGCAAGCAUAAAUUUGCCGACUACUCUUCACCGUACGAGGCCUUGAAGCAGGAAUUAAAGGGUGGUUCGGAAGGUGACGAGGAAGACGAGCAUAUCGCCCCAACAACCCCAGGCCCUCAAUCGAGGCUCCCAGACAUGUCAAUGACGCCUAAAUCAUCACCGUUUGACCCAACAACCUAUCUUCAAUCUGCUUCACACCGCGCAGCAGAUACACUCCUGUUGCACCGUGUUCUGGACAAGAAUUACCGGGUGCAAGCCACACCACAUAGUACCCGAAAGGUGGAUAAAACUCCGGCGAAACAAUCCACAUGGCGGGACACAUCAUCACCAAUGUCAUCUCCGCCAGUUGCAGCCCCGCAAUUACACGCCGACAUCUUCAGCUCACCCAUCCGGCAGCAAUAUAACCAGCCCAGCGCCCCUCGCACUCCUGGAAUCAGCGUGCAAACACCUGCCAAAGGAAAGGGCAGAGAGGCCGCGAAGCCCGCCAAGAAGGAUGAGAUUACCUGGGAGAGUGACAGCGAUGAGGAUGCCGAGGGGGUUUACAGAGAACUUGGAAUGAGCCCGCCCAAGACAAUCCAAUUUUCACUGCCCCAGUCUAGAUUACUACAAACGCCUGCACGAGAAGCCAGUAAGCAGAUCGUCCAAGAUCUGCUUGCGACGGCAGGGGCAGGAUUCGACGACGACACGGAAGGACUAGACAGUCCUAGCAUGGUUGCAAUGAAGGAUAGUUUGGAUGAUAGUUUCUAGGAAUCUGAUUAAUUCCUUGCAAGUCCUGCAUAAGAGCGCGAUCCCGAAAGCUUUUGAUACCCGCCAAAGACAUCCCAAGUGGACUUUUCCAGCGCACCUUCGAUUCAC